UGCGCGACAGUCAUUUUUUCAAUUCUUUCUAUCAAUCGCGAGAUUCUCAUAAAAAAUACAGAAACGAUGUAAGUAUAUUAUUAAAAAAACAUAUCGUGAGGUGCAAUGGGCACAAAAUAUCCAUAGGAAGAAAUUUUUUCCCAACAAAUGUGUUUAAAAAAACUGGAAAACAAUUGGAAUAUGACAGUUGUGCUUUGGUGAUUCUCUGUCCUUGCAAUAUAUCUAUAAUAGUUCUCUUCGCAGGGGGUAUCAAAAGAUUGCAAAAAAAUCAACUAUAAUUAAGGCGUUUCACAAUGUUCUUCGAUAAUUUUUGAAAUGAUCUGAAUCAUCUCGCAACGUUCCUGACUUCGUUAUGGAGGAUAGUAUGAGUGUUAAGUCAAUGGAAUCUGUGGCGACAAGCGAUGAAUAUGAAUUUGUAAGUGACAAAGGUAUCACGAAACAACAAUCGCUACUUGAACCGCCAAUGCUUAAAAUUGCCAAUAACGGCAAUUUAGAGGAUCUGCAAAACAACCUUCGCGAGGUACUAACCGAAGAUUCAAAAAUGGAGGGCAAUGGAGUUGGUGAUCAAAAAAUAUUAAAUACACAAGUUUGUCUAAAAACAAAAUCAGUUGGUCAAAGUAAAUUUUAUGACGUUGCCUCUUCGACUGUCACGCCCGAGAAACAAGAUAUUAUGAAACCUGAUGAUUACAGUGAUGAUAUUAUUGUUUCAGAAUUAAAUGUAUUGACCGAUGUUCAACAAGAGUGUACAAUUUUCAAUGGGGUCACUUAUCUUGGUUCGGCUGCAAUUAAUGCUCCAAAAUCUGAAAGCGAAAUUCAGAGGAAUAUGAAAAUUUUAAAUGGUGAACAAUCGUUGAAUAAGGUUUCAGUCUCUGUGCCCAGCAGUUCGCAAGGAUGCGUCGUCCUCUACGAUGCUGGGACUCAGCAACCAAUAGCUCAAUAUGAGGUGCAUAGAAUUCUUUUCUACGCGAGGGGCGAAUGUAGUGGUCCAUGUACUGCGUGUUUUGCAUUUACAUGGUCUCACGGUGAUACAUUGGAAUCUGCCAUUUUUCAGUGUCAUGUUUUUCGGUGUGAUAUUCCAGAGGCCGUUGGACAAGUAUCAGCCUGUUUCGCCAAAGCAUUUCAAAGAUUUCCGCGAUCAAUGACGAAUUCUUUAACCGGAAGCGACUUUAAUGGUUUCAAUCCAGGAAGUGAAAAAAUCAAUUCUCGAAUGUUCAUUUUUGAAGUGACAAUGGAAAUAAAAGAGGAGGACGGUAAAGGUGCUUUCGCUACAGUUCCCAAAGAUAGAAAUUGUUUUAAAUUACGUAGCAAUGUCGCGAAACAGGUGUGUCUGAGUAUUCAGCAAGUGUCUCGAGGCGAAGGUGGAAUUACUUUAGAAGUAGAAAGAUGCUUUGGCGUACUCGUUAGUCCUGGCAGAAAUGUUAAACACAGUGAUAUGAGAUUAUUGGAAAUGCAAGUCACGGCCGGUCCAUUAGUUCAAGAAAAGCAGUGCUAUAAUAUUUGUGGUCGAUGGGAUCCAGCGGAUCCUUCUUUAGAAUCUCUUAAUGUAGAAACACCGCGCGAAGGAAAAAUUUUCAUGACAUGCGCUGUCGAUUUAGUUAUAAGAGGAAUAAGAGAACCAGUCAGAUUUGCAAUAGAAACGGCCGUUAAAAUAUUCCCUCAAAAUGAAAGAUUCUGGUAUUUAAAUAAAAGGAAUCUAGUCCAACAAUUUUACCUCAAUUCAAAAGAGAUAAUAUCGGGAGAUGGAUCGGAUAUUCAUUACGAGGUUCAAAAUAUUGAAACGUCUGGUGAACUUGAUAGAAAUCGUUUGAAUCUUGCUCUCAAUUUAGCGUCACUAAUAAGAUCGCCUUCGCUCACGAGUAUCGAUACACUCACGCCAAAGGAAGAAAUCGAUUCAGAUGGAGACGAGCCAAUGUUGAGUGGCACUGGUGAAGUUUCAAAAGACUGUUCAGCUGACGAACUAGCAAGUUGGGCGGAAGUUUUAGACAGUUGGCAAUUUAACGAGCAGCGUCCUAAACUUUUAAUCAAAUUAACAAAGCAAGGAAUUCCUGAAGCUUUGAGAGGCGAAGUCUGGCAGAGAUUAAGUAAUUGCGAUAAUUCUCAAGAAAUGAUGGACAGAUAUCGAAUGUUAAUUACUAAAGAAAGUACUUGUGAAAGCGUAAUUUUGAGGGAUAUAAAUCGAACUUUUCCUGCGCACGAUUUUUUCAAGGAAACCGGAGGAUUGGGCCAAGAUUCGCUCUACAGGAUAAGUAAAGCGUAUGCCGUUUACGAUGAAGAAGUUGGAUACUGUCAGGGCCUUAGUUUCUUAGUCGCCACUUUAUUAUUACACAUGCCGGAGGAACAAGCUUUUUGCGUUCUGGUCAAAUUAAUGUACGAUUAUGGAUUACGUGACUUGUAUAAAGAUAGAUUUGAUAAUCUUCACAUGAAAUUUUAUCAACUUCAACGCCUAAUCGAGGAUCAAUUGCCGGAACUUUACAAACAUUUCUGUGAUCGCGGCGUAGAGACGCACAUGUUUGCCGCACAAUGGUUUCUUACUCUUUUUACCACCAAAUUUCCCCUGUAUCUAGUUUUCCACAUUUUGGAUGUUUUUCUCCUCCAGGGACUCGACACUCUCUUUCAAGUAGCAUUAGCUUUACUCAUGUUGUGUAAAAAAGAACUACUCCAGCUCGACUUUGAGAGCAUUUUGAAAUACUUCCGAGUUCACCUGCCAAAGCGUUGUCGUAAUGAAGAAGUGUCGCGUUACGUGAUGAAGCUUGCAUGUUCGAUAACGCUGAAAAAACUAAAGAAGUACGAAGCCGAGUUCAUGACCCUCAAAGAGGCACAGGAAAACGCGGAUGAAUACAGUAACGAAGUGGAACAACUUCGUUGUUCAGUUGCCAGAAAUGAGGAGGAAAAACAGAGAUUGGAGGCUGAACUUCUUCAAGUUAAAGAAAUAUUACAGCGUGAAGUUUCUCGAGCUGAUACCGAAAGCAGAAGAAAUAAUGUCAUCAUUGCCGAAUAUAAACAGAUUUGCCAACGUUUAGAGGACGAUUACAAUGCUGCAAAAACGGCUUUGAGUGAUUUACAUACGAAGAUAUCGAAAUGUGAUAAAUGUAGGAAUUACUUGAAGGAAUCGGCCAAUAUUCUAGCGGAUAUUGCUCAUCCCUUAGAAAAUCGAAUAGAUCCAAUUCUCAAUAGAGCUCAGGAAAGGGUACGUGAACUUGAAUUGGAACUUGCUCAGACAAAAUUGGCUCACGUGGAGGCGGAAUGUAGAAAUCAGGACUUGACACAUCAAUUGCACGCAACUGCGGCUGAAUUGACGGCAGCUAGAAACAGUUGGCCAUGGCUUAGUAAAACAUUGUCGAGCAUUAAGGAAGCGGCGAAUAAACGAGAAGUGAUAGGACCCGGAGUUUUGAGACGAGACAGUGCACCAGGAGGCGAGAUGCGACACACUAUUCACUCACAGAGUCGUGAUAAUCUCAAAGAAGUUGUGUGAUGGUUAAAAAAAGAAGAGUCAAUUCACGAGAUAUAUGAAAGAAAAAACUCGGUGCCACACACAGUCAGGUAUUCGUCCGCGAAGUACAUAUUAAAAUAAUUAUAUGUAAAAGUUGACGUCGUACCUAAUUGUCACGUCGAUUCAAAUUGGUGUUUGCUUUGACACAGCCUCACACGCACUGAUUAAACGUGCCGUUUUCUUUUUCAUA